CGUCUCAAUGCACCAGACGAGAGCAGAGAUUAAAUAUCGCGAGAGCUCACGAGAUCAACACUUCCUCAAAAUGUAAACAGAAGUGAGUAGUUGCAGAGGAUUUCUUCAGUAUAACAAGACGAGUAUAUAACUUGCCAUGGUCGUAUUAAAAACAUAGAGACUCCGGUGUGGGGCUGUAAUGGGUUCUGCUCUGGUGCUGAUGAUAUGGACACUAAAGGGACCGACGAGGUGGAGAAACUGAAAUCCAAGUUUAUGUCAGCAUGGCACAAUGUGAAGUACAGUUGGGCUCUCAAACCAAAAACUGCCUUCAGCCGUAACUCUCCUGUUUUCUUGUUGGGGAAAUGCUACCAUUUCAAGUCUGUGGAUGAUGAAAGCCCCACUGAGAAUUGCACAGCUGAGGCUUUAGACCACGAAGUUAUCACAGGCAAUGUUGAUGGAUUUCGAAGAGACUUCACCUCACGGGUUUGGCUGACCUAUCGGGAAGAGAUUCCUGCCCUUCCAGGAUCUACUCUUACUUCAGACUGUGGAUGGGGAUGUACACUCCGGACAGGGCAGAUGAUAUUGGCCCAAGCUCUUCUGCUUCACAUCCUGGGAAGAGAUUGGACCUGGUCUGAAGCACUGACCUUGGAGUCCUUGGAUACAGAGACAUGGACCAGCAGUGCAGCACGGAGACUGGUGGCCACAUUAGAGGCCUCUCUUCCAGGGGAUAGAGCGCAAGUCACCGAAACUCUCUGCCCAGCCCAGGUAGGGGCUGAGGAAGCUGACUCCUACUUGAAAGAGGCAUAUCACCGCACCAUUGUGUCUUGGUUUGGGGAUGGACCCACAGCUCAUCUGGGCAUUUAUAGACUAGUGCAACUUGGAAUGACAUCAGGAAAGCAGGCAGGAGAUUGGUAUGGACCUGCUGUGGUGGCUCACAUACUCAAAAAAGCUGUUGGCGAGGCAACAGACCCCAUGCUGAAGAGCAUAUGUGUAUAUGUAGCACAGGAUUGCACUGUGUACAGUGCUGAUGUUAUUGAUAGCCAUUCAGGGCAGACGGGCAGGCACAGUGAUCCUCAAGGACUCAAUACUGGAGCUGCCCCUGAUGGUCGGGCUGUCAUCAUACUCAUUCCCGUAAGACUGGGUGGAGAGAAGAUCAACCCAGAAUACUUAAGCUUUGUCAAGAGCAUAUUAAGUUUAGACUACUGUAUCGGCAUCAUUGGUGGAAAGCCUAAACAGGCUUACUAUUUUGUCGGAUUUCAAGAUGACAGCUUGAUUUACAUGGAUCCUCAUUACUGUCAGUCUUUUGUAGAUGUCAGCACAAGCGAUUUCCCUCUGCAGUCUUAUCAUUGCCCAUCACCAAAGAAAAUGACUUUCAAUAAAAUGGACCCAAGCUGUACAAUUGGAUUCUACUCCAAAAAUGUUGAACACUAUGAAAGAAUUAACACGGAAUUGUCAAAGAUAUUGCAGACUUCAUCAAAAGAAAAAUACCCCGCAUUCACCUUUAUGAAAGGUCAUGGGAAGGAUUAUGAACUUUCUGUUCCUGCGGAAGAAAGGGAAUGGCCCUUCAUCAGGGACACAAGGAAAGCAGGUGCAUCAUCAGAUGACUUUGUGCUCCUCUAGAAGCCAGCAGCAUGUGGCAUAUUGGGCAUAACUUUACAAAGUAUCAAUACAUAUAUGUCUGUAUGUAUGUCUAUAUGUGCUAUAUGAAAACCAAUUUUCAUGUACGGAUGGUUGGUUGAUGUGGUCUGGAUUUUUUCGUGCUCGUGGACCUCACAGUUUAUGGUUUAUCUAACACACUGCUACAUAGAGAUUAGUGCUGCCUCAUGAUUAAUCUUUUGCAGAAUAAAAGUUUUUGUUGACAUAAUAUAUGUGUGUGUACUGUGUAUAAUAAUUAUGUAUAUAUCAAUACACACACAUACAUGUAUAAUUUUAAGAAAAUAUCUAUUUAUAUUAUAAAUAUUUAUAUUUAUAUAUAAUAUAAACAUGUAUAUACACAUGCAAAUGUUUCUUAAUUAUAUGUGUGUGUGUGUGCGUGCAUCCAUGUAUUUAUACAUAAUUAUUAUACAUAAUUAUAGUACACAGUACUUUUAUUCUGCAAAUGAUUAGUCGCGACUAAUCGUGAGGCAGCACUAAUAGAGAUAUGGGUUCAUAUUUACUGCCUGAACCUGCUAAUAUUUUAUCAUGUUUGAUAAGGGCAGGUGGGGUAAAAAUAUUGUUUUUUAUUUCAAAGAAAGGUCACUAGAAUCAAAUAAUUUUCUUUUUUGUAUUUCUUAAAAUAAUAGAACAAAACAUAUAUUGUCUGCUUUUGGAAACACGUCAUAUUGUGAUUAAUCAGAUGAAACUUGAUCAUAACUUAUAUAGCCACGGUGCAGUAUUUGUUUUAUUUUUUAUGCUAACUGGAGAGAAUAAUGUGCCUUCACCAGGGAGUAGAAACACUGUAUCUCAUAUGUCAUGGUGCCUCUAUUUAACAGUGGUAGCUAUGUAAAGUCUGCUAUCUGCAUUUUAAGAAAUAUUAAAAUAUGCUUUUUUGUUUUAUCAAAACGAUUAACAUUACAAUAUGUGAACAUAAAUAGUUUCAGAGCUGCGGAGAUCUCAUUAGUUUUUGGGAACUAACUGUAUUAUGUUAAAGGUCUAUGCAGGACAACCAGUAUGAAUCAAGUGAUUACAUUUAUUGAUCAUUUCAAUAUUAACAUCAAGAUAUUAUCCUUUCAUCUCUCUAGGAAUACCAUUAGCAUUUUUGGUGGACCAAAGCAUCUAUAACACUAGUGCCAAUUUACUAAUUCUGUCAUUUUAAUUUAAGGGGUUUUGUAAAUGACCACCGUGUAUUUCAAUACCAUACUUUGCCAAAAUCAUUUUUGCACAAUGAACAUUUCAAUGUUAGAAUUUGUUGAUUUCAAAGAUAUACAAUAAAUCUAAUAUGGUUGACUAGUCAGAA